AUGGGUUCAAAUAAGCAGCAAAUCUCAGCCUUUGAACAAGCAGAAUUCAUCCCGCCCGACGCCAUAUUCGACGUUACCAGGCGCUACGUCGCUGACUCGGACCCAAACAAGGUCAACCUCGGCCAGGGCACCUAUCGCGACGAGAAUGGUCAGCCGUGGAUACUGCCGUCUGUUAGACUGGCCGAAUCAUCUCUCGGAGAGCCCGGUCACGAGUAUCUUCCUAUCGCGGGAUUCAAGCCCUUCCGCGAUGAAGCCGUCAAGCUUGUCUUCAGCCCCACCAAGGCGUUCGCAGAGAACCGUGUCGCAUCAUGCCAAUCGCUUUCCGGAACAGGCGCCCUCCUCCUCGCGGGACUCGCCCUGAAGAAAGCCGCUACUGGCAUAAAGACGAUUUACAUCACCGACCCAACAUGGUCCAACCACGAACUCCUCUUCGCCUCCCUCGGUUUCGAGGUCAAGCAGCUGCCUUACUACAAAGACCGUGCCUUUGACUUUGACGGCUAUAUCGCUACCUUGAAGGCCGCCGACCUCUCUACCUCGGCCGUCAUCCUGCACGCCUGCGCCCACAAUCCCACGGGCUGCGACCCCUCGCGGGAGCAGUGGAAGGAGAUCGCCUCCGUCAUCACCGAGAGGAGCAUCUUCCCCGUCUUUGACUCGGCCUACCUCGGCUUCAACUCGGGCUCGGUCGACGACGAUGCCUGGGCGAUCCGACACUUUGUCGACGAGCUCGGCCUCGAGGCUGCCGUCUGCAUGUCCUUUGCCAAGAACAUGGGCCUGUACGGCGAGCGCGUCGGCGCCGUCACGUUCGUCGCCGACACGGCAGAGAGAACCAAGACCGUCAGCUCCAUUCUGGAGAACGUGCAGCGGGCGACGGUCUCGAACCCGCCCGCGUACGGCGCGCGCAUCGCGGCGGCCGUGCUGGGGACGCCUUUCAUCAAGGAGCAGUGGGCCAAGGACCUUGUCACCAUGUCGGGGCGCAUCCGUGCCAUGAGGAAGAAGGUAUAUGAUGAGUUGGUCCGGCUGCAGACGCCGGGUGAUUGGUCGCACAUUGUGAAGCAGAGCGGCAUGUUUGGGUACACGGGCAUCACCAAGACACAAGUUCAGCACCUUGAAGAGAAAUACCACGUUUACAUGGCCGACACAUCCCGAAUUUCCAUCGCGGGGCUGAAUGAGAAGAAUGUCGAGUACUUUGCAAAGGCUCUUGAUAACACGGUCCGGAGUGUGGAAUGA